AUGAGUGGAAGAGUGCCACAAGAAACAGAAUGCGGUGAAACACGACAAAAACACUCUGUGACGGCUUGGACGAUUGACAGCUCACCUGGGAACCGCAUGCAAAUUGACUGCAGGAACAACGAGCCAAGAAACUGGAAUAAAGUCAGUAGAAGCAGUUGGGGUUGGGGCGCAUGCGCGUGCACCGUCGGCCGUGCACGGCAUAUGCGGAAUAUUAAAGGAGGAAAGAGAAAAAAAUUAACUUGUGAAGCCAUUUUCGUCUAUUGGUACCCCCUCGCCCGCGACGGGUUCUCCGAUGCAGGCAGAGCGCCUCGCGGAGCGGUCGAGGACGAACGUCUGGCGGUAUUUUAA